AUGUGCCACACCAGCUGCUCCGCGGGCUGCCAGGCUUCCUGCGGCUCCUCCGGCCCCUGCCAGGCGUCCUGCUGUGUGCCCGUGAGCUGCAAGCCCGUGUGCGUGCCCGUGAGCUGCAGGCCCGCGUGUGUGCCCUCCUGCCAGUCCUCCACGUGCGUGCCCGUGAGCUGCAAGCCCGAGUGUGUGCCCUCCUGCCAGUCCUCCACGUGCGUGCCCGUGAGCUGCACACCCACUGUGUGCGUGCCCGUGAGCUGCAGGCCCGAGCGUGUGCCCUCCUGCCAGUCCUCCACGUGCGUGCCCGUGAGCUGCCGACCCGCCGUGUGCGUGCCCGUGAGCUGCACACCCACCGUGUGCGUGCCCGUGAGCUGCAAGCCCGCGUGUGUGCCCUCCUGCCGGCCCUCCUGCCCCACCCUGGUCUGCAGACCCGUGUGCUGUAGCUCCCCGAGCUGCUUCUGA